AGAACUAAUAUUUAAUACAAUAACGAGGCUACUGGAUAUUAACUUGAUUUUUUAUCUAUUUAAGUUAACUUUUUACUAUUAUAUACAAGUUAAAAAUGUGAUGCGACGCAGAAAAAUGUUGUAAUGGACCUUGUUUUACGUGCAACAACCUGUUGCGCAUUACGGUUAUAGACAAUGACAAUUACAAGGUUGAACCAUAAUCUUUGAAGUGUUAAAACUUACACAACAGUAAGUAAGACAAAUAUGAAGUUAAAUAGUAUCAUCGAAAGAAGAAUGGGAUCACUACAAAAGCGUGAAUAGCAACUGCGAACCUUAUCCUUGCUCAUUCUUCCGCAUUGAAAUUUUCAACAGGUACGUGAACGUGUGGUGGGCAAAGUCUUCGUGUUUUCUCCUAUCGUACUUUCCGUUUAUACAGUUUUAUCAGGAAUCGCGAAACUGUCGUUUCCUAUAUAAAAUACCCUCGCUCUCGAUCUCGAUGAUUUACAAGUAUAUCACACGCAACAUUAUGUCGCCGUUCUACACUCUGUUAUUGCUGCAACUAUUCAUUUUAAAUUCUUUCCUGGCACUUAACAUUCGUAGGUCCGAGGGUAAACGAAAUUUCGUGCUUAAAACCCCAGAAUUGAUAAGGAGCCACGGAUAUCAAGUGGAAAUUCAUAAUGUUAUAACAGAAGACGGUUACAUAUUGGAAAUUCACAGACUUUCAUGCGGACGGCUCGAUUGUGAAAGGAAUUUUACAAAUGGAAAACAACCGAUUCUAAUGCAACAUGGAUUAGCAGGCAGUUCUGCGGACUGGGUCUUUAUGGGACCAAACAGAGCAUUGGCAUAUAUGCUAGCAAAUGCAGGAUACGAUGUAUGGCUUGGAAACAAUAGAGGAAACACUUAUUCAAGAAAUCAUAUCUUAAUGUUACCACAGAGCCGACAUUUCUGGAAUUUUAGUUACCACGAACUUGGUAUUUAUGAUGUUCCCGCAACAAUUGACUACAUACUGGAUCAAACAAAUUACGAGCAACUCUUUUAUAUUGGUCAUUCUCAAGGAACUACACAAUUUUGGGUAGCAAUGUCUCAAAGACCGGACUAUAAUGCAAAAAUUAAGUUGAUGAUCGGUCUUGCUCCUGUAGCUUUUACUGGCAAUAUACGCGGUCCAAUUACAAAACUCGCUAAAUUAACAUACUUGGGUGUGUGGAUGGGUGAAACGUUCGGUUAUCCUGAAUUACGUUCACGUUCUGCUUGGGGAAAGUUUGUUUCGAGUGUACUUUGUCAAGAUACAAUGCUCUUUUGCAAUAACAUUCUGUUCCUCGUCACUGGUUUCAGCCAGACAAAUUUGAGUGCGAUGAAUUUAACAACGAUUAUAAAUUAUGUCCCGGCCGGAGCUUCUUGGAAACAGAUGGUUCAUUUUGGUCAAGGAUACAUACAUCCACAAAGUUUCCGACAAUUUGAUUACCAUAAUAAAGAAAAAAAUUAUCAAAUUUAUAAUUCUCUAGAACCACCAAAGUACAAAUUAAAUGAAGUGACUGCACCGGUUGCCUUCUUCAGCAGUGAUAAUGAUUUACUUUCAACAAAAUCAGACGUUGACCUUCUGAAAAGUAAACUUAAUAAUGUUGUAUUCCAUAAAGAAGUAUCAAUUAAAUCGUUCUCUCAUUAUGAUUUUAUAUGGGGAACAUCUUCAGUAUCGAUCAUAUUUGAACCUAUAUUAGACUUAUUAGUCCUUAACGAGUAAAGUGCAAUAUUAAACCGACAAAACGUCUUUAAAUACACCAGAAAAAAGUAAUAAAAGUAUUUUUAACAAAACUGUCAUUUUGAACAAUUUUAUACAGAGAUAAAUAAAAUAAUAAUACCCAAAUUUGAAAAUAAAUAUGAUUAUCUCAUUUACCUAACGUUUCUAAUGUUCUUUAGUUUUCUAAUGUUAGUAAUGUUCCUUGAAAAAAGAUAAAUAAACAUCUGAUUGUAGGGCCUUUAUUUUUACGGCUCCAGAAAUUCGGAGCCGUAAUUUACUCAAACAGUAUAAUUUAACAACGCAGGGUUUAAAAUGCUAUUAUUAAAAUUUAUUUAUACAGUAUAUAUAUCAGAUAACUGAUAACAAUCAAACUACGAAACAUAAGUUAAAAUUUAUAAAAAUCCUAUUAACGUGUUUCUCUUCAUACAUAGUAACAUUUCGAUACAAUUUGAGAUAGGUAAUAAAUCAUUAGCAUUACUAAAUAUCACUAUAUUGUUAUAAAAAAUGAAAGGAAUGUUUCAAUUAAUUUACGAGUCACUCAUUACAAUAAGAAAUAAAUUCUUUCUUCAUUUAUUUGUUUGAUUUUAUGUUCAUAUAUUCUCAUUGUAAAGAAAGCCACUACACAAAACUUUUUUGUUUUAAUUUCCGUUAUUAACUAAUCACUUUUGUUAUAAAAGCAAAAUGCAUUGCAGAAAUUUUCCAUUCUUGUGGUUAUAUAAUUAAUAUUUUAAUUAAUCGUCGAGUAACUUUCGAAUAUUUAAGAUUAGUAAUUAUACAAACUCAUUCUUCGUCCGAUUGAAUUUCAGCACGAUGGAAAAUUGAGUUUUAAACAACAAGAUAUAUAUUGUAAAAUUCCUUUCAUAUAUAUAUAUACACUCAUGUAUAUGUAUAUAUAUAAAUGAUAACAAGCAUUUCCUUUCCAUUUUGAGCGCUAACAAUAGAAUAUUUAAAUAACAUAGUUCUAUAAUUUUUUAUCUUAGUAGUAGUCUUUACUUGCAGCAAAAGCCAUCUUUGUUAAAUAUACUCUUCUUUUAAUUAUACUCUUGGAACUGCCGUAUGGAACAUAUUUUUCAACACACGAAAAAGCAUUUCAUUAUCAAACAAAAUAUACAAAAAAAUUGAUUGUGAAAAUUACAAUAAGAAAAUUACUUUCACCGAUUAAAUUUUGCUUCAAUGACAACGCUACAACGAAAGAUAAUGCUUCAUUCGAACAAUAAUAAUAGUAAUACUAAUAAUAAUGUUAUAAAGUAAUUACAAUAUUCGAAAUGAUACGUAUAUUCAUUAUGUAUAUAUUUAUAUAAACUAAACAAUAAAAGGAAGUACUUCUUUAUCUUAUUUCUCUAAAUUAUAUACAUGCAUAAAUAUAUAUACAUCUAGUACACAGGGCGAGGCACUUAAAAUACAAGCAAUAAUCUUUCAAUUACUAAAAAUUCAUUUCUCCUCAUAAAAUUAGUAUUCACAUCGUAAUCAAGAGUAAAAUAAAAUAAUAAUAAUAAUUUUGUGUUAUAUCAUUUAUCUAAUCUGUGAUAUAAACUGAAAUUAAUUAC